CAUUCUUGUUUGCACCGAGAAAAAAAGACUUAAGAGACAAUAGUCUUUCUCUUAGGUUUCUUUCUCCGGUGACCGUCACCGCACGGUUCACCUUAGACGGGAAAAUUAGGAACUAAUUUUGGCAUCCAAAUGUUCCUAUUUUCCUGUUGAAUUGACAUAUAUAGAUUUUAUGAGUUUGUUGGUAUUGGAAUCGUCUCUGAAAAUAUCAUCAAUAAAUUAUCAAACAACUAUUAUAAGGUCCUAUUAUAUAUAUAUAUAUUUUGAGACAAAAUUCCAGAAUAUUUUAUUGAUGAUUUUGAGGAAUUGUGCCUAAGAUAUGAUAUUAGGUAGAUUAGCAAAAAGAGGAUGGAUGAAUUGCUUUUCAUGUUGCAUGCCGGUGGAGGACAGCAUUCAUAAUUCCUCUUUGGAAAAUAGCAUUAUUCAACAAUACAAAGAUACCAAAUCUCCAGCACAAUUUGCCAACAUUUCUCUUAAAACUGAUAGCAGCAGAAGGAGAUACAUAGCUUCAGAAAUAGAAAAAUUUGGAAAGGGGAACAUUGCAGCUCAGGCCUUCACAUUCUGCGAGUUGUGUGUUGCAACUCAAAACUUUGACUGUGAGUGUUUGCUUGGUUCUGGUGGUUUUGGUAAAGUGUACAAAGGCCAUAUUAAAAGCAAGAAUAUGGAUGUUGCUGUGAAGCAACUUGACAGGAAUGGUUUCCAAGGAACUAAAGAGUUCCUUGUGGAGGUCCUGCUGUUGAGUCUUCUCCGUCAUUCCAACCUUGUCAAUUUAAUAGGAUAUUGUUCAGAUGGUGAUCAGAGAAUAUUAGUGUACGAAUUCAUGCCAAAUGGUUCAUUAGAGGGUCACCUUCUUGAACUUGGUCCAGAUAAUAGGCCUCUUGAUUGGGAAAUGAGGAUGAAAAUUGCAGUAGGAGCAGCAAAAGGACUUGCAUAUUUGCAUGAAACAGCUAAUCCUCCGGUGAUUUAUCGAGACUUUAAAGCCUCCAACAUACUUUUAGAUGACAACUUUAAUCCAAAACUUUCUGAUUUUGGACUUGCCAAGCUAGGUCCAACUGGUGGCAGGACUCAUAUCUCCACCAGGGUCAUGGGAACCUAUGGUUACUGUGCACCUGACUAUGCUUGCACAGGUAAAUUGACCGUUAAGUCUGAUGUUUAUAGCUUUGGCGUAGUCUUUUUAGAAAUAAUCACAGGAAGAAGAGUCAUUGACAGCUCCAGACCAAGCGAAGAACAGAACCUCGUCAAGUGGGCACGACCGUUGAUCAAUGACAAGAAGAAGUUUCACUUAAUGGCAGAUCCGUUGCUGGGAAAGAACUACCCGUCGAAGGCACUGUAUCAAGCUCUAACAGUUGCAGCAAUGUGCCUGCAAGAGGACGCGAGUACACGACCUUUAAUCAGCGAUGUAGUGACUGCUUUAGAGUAUAUAUCUAGUAUCAAGAAACAUGAGAAGGAAGAGGCUGCAGCAGAAGACACUUUCAAAUCCCCACCUGCAUUGCAAACUAUUACAAGUCAUGUUGAUCGUAUUCAAAGUAAUAAAGCUCACUGUAUUAGAGAAAGAUUCUAAAACCAUUUUCCCGUCACCAAACACUUCUAGUCUGAGUGUUUCUCUGAUUUUAUGUAGUGUUGUCGAUAUGAAUGUCCAUAGAUUUUCUCAUAUACAGGUCAUCAAAUUACACUGAUACUGUAAAAAAAUUUUAUAUUGUCAGUGUAUAAUUUAAAUCCUUCCUAUAGAUGCAAUGCAGCAUUCCCCUUUGGAAACAAAA